GAACGCCGGCAUUAAAAAAAAUGUUGCUUAGUUUUCAGUUUAAAAAAAAAAAUUCACUUAUUAUUGGUGCUGCUCCGGGCCAGCGCCGCUGCGCUCUGUUUUCAUGGAUUGUAACAGCGAGAUCUCCUCUGUUGUGAAAUAGCGGAUUCCUUUUCAGCGCUGCCAAGAGUGAUGUCAUAACAGUCAUUUGGCGGUUGGGUAAUUGCCGUGAAAAAAAAAUAACCGGUCUUUAGAAACUCGUGCGAGCUCGAGCAGCUCCAUCUCUCGCUCUCAGCAGCCGCCCCCUUGUCUGCUUGCCCGCUCGCCCCAUUUCUCCUCCGCAGGGUGAUGCCUAACACUGCGUGGAAGCCACAGAAGUCUACCCCCACGGCCUCUAAGUGGUGGCACCAGCUUCCUCCUCCGCCCCCACUUCCUCCUCCAACUUCACGAUCCGCAAGCGCUUGUGCCCGGCGUCUCCCCGAGCUGCCUUCCUGCAACCGGCUGCCGUCGCUGCCCUGCCCUCGCGGCGGCUCCUAAUCUCGAUCGCCCCCCUCCCGCUGCCGGCGGCUCGCGGUCGCGGCGACCAUGAUGAACAUGCUGAAGCCCAGUGGCCUCAAGGCGCCCAACAAGGUCGGCCGCUCCGGCUUCUCCUUCGGCCGCUCUCCCUCCUCUUCCUCCUCGUCCUCCGCGGCUGCAGCCACGGCCCCUGCUGCUGCUGCCACUGCCACCACCGUCUGUGCCGCAGCUGCAACGCCGGCGUCGCCAACGACGACGAUGAGCGGCACCUCUGCCAAACCGCCGGCGGCGGGGCACGUCCCGGGCACGUCGAGCCCCACGCACACCGACUCGACUCGCGCCAAACUCAGCAAGGCCGCACCCACUGACGACGGAGACUCGGAGGAGCGUGAUGCAUUUAUCGACGACUUCAUCAUCGGCGAGCGCGUUUGGGUGAACGGCAGCAAGCCUGGCCACAUCCAGUACCUGGGCGAGACACAGUUCGCACCGGGCCAGUGGGCCGGCAUUGUCCUGGACGAGGCCACGGGCAAAAACGACGGCGCCGUCUCCGGCGUGCGGUACUUCAUGUGCGAGGCCGGGCGCGGCAUCUUCACGCGGCCCUCCAAGCUGUCGCGCCGCCCGCUGGCGCCGGGGUCGGCGGUCGACGGGCGCUGCGCGUCUCCCGCAGCGACGCCCCCGCUGCACGGACAGGCGUCGGUGGGCGGAGGCGUAGGAGCCCGCUCCAGCUCCACGACGCCGCUCACCACGCCGCGUUCCUCCUGCUCCGCCCUCUCCUCGCGCGACGCCGGGCUCCUCUCCUCCUCCUCCAACGUCGCCGCAGCCGCCGCCGCCACCGCCGCCGCCGGCGCCGCCGCGGCUGCGGCGUCGGGCCCUUCCAACCUGGCGCGCACCGGCAGCCAAUCGGUGGGGAACCUGUCGGAGAGCGGCUCCGCCAAGAGGGCGGAGCGCGACCUCAAGAUGGGAGACCGUGUGCUGGUGGGCGGCACCAAGGCGGGCGUGGUGCGCUUCGUCGGAGAAACGGACUUUGCCAAGGGCGAGUGGUGCGGCGUGGAGCUCGACGAGCCUCUCGGGAAGAACGACGGCGCUGUCGCCGGCACCAGGUACUUCCAGUGCCAGCAGCGGUACGGGCUCUUCGCUCCGAUCCACAAGGUGGCGAAGAUCGGCUUCCCGUCGACGUCGGCGCGUCGCAAGAUGAAGCGAGCGUCGGCCUCGGGGUUCUCGUCGCUGCGCCACAGCCCCAGCAGCUCGACGGUCAGCUCGCUCAGCUCCGUCGCCUCGUCCGUCGGGGGGCGGCCCAGCCGCACGGGCCUGCUGACGGAGACGAGCUCGCUCUACUCGCGGAAGAUCGCGGGCAACACGGCGCUGCAGGAGGCGCUCAAGGAGAAGCAGCAGCACAUCGAGCAGCUGCUCGCCGAGCGCGACCUGGAGCGCGCCGAGGUUGCCAAGGCGACCACCACCGUGGCGAACCUCGAGCGCGAGCUCGGUGCCCUCAAGACAACGCACGACAAGUCCACCGCGGAGAUGGCGAUGUGCCUGUGCGAGCUCAAGGCGGCGCUGGAGGUGACGGGCAGGGAGAAGGGUGACCUCAUCUCGCAGCUGGAGGAAGAGCGAAGGAGAGUGGAGGACCUGCAGUUCUGCGUUGAGGAAGAGUCCAUCACGAAGGGGGAUCUCGAGGCGCUCACGAUGAGGGAGAGGUCUCGUAUGCGGGAGCUGGAGGCUGAGCUGGCGCUGCGGAGGUCGGAGGUCGCCGAGCUGAGGGCGCGGCUCGGGGAGGGCAGCGCCACCCCGUCGGCCCGCACCCCCGACGGCGACGGCGUCGGCGCGGACACCGGCGGCAUCCUGAGCCUCCAGCAGGAGCUGGACGGGCUGCGUGAGCAGCUGCAUGCCGUGAGCCAGGGCCACCAGCAGGAAGUGAACGUUCUUAAGGAGCACCUGCUGACCACCCAGCGGGACCACCAGGCCGAGCUGCUCAAGCUGCGAUGCGCCAACGAGCAGCUGUCGGAGGAGGCCAAGAUCCUGCAGGCGAGGUACGAGCGCGCCGGCAGGGAGAACCAGGAGAACCUGGAGCAGUGGAGGGGCCGGCUGGAGGCCUUGGCGCAGGAGCACCAGAAAGCCACGGAGGAUUUGAGGACCUCCCUGGUGUCCGGCUGCGAAGGCCACCGCAGGGAAAUUGCCGAGCACAGGUCCGUCGUUGAGAGCUUGAAGGCCGAGGGCCGCCAGGAGCUGGAGCUCUUGAGGGCCAAGCACAGCGUGGAGGCGGCGCCUGUCGCCAAGGAGAGGGAGCAAAUGCGUCGCGAGCUCGAGGAGGUGCAGGAGGAGAAGGAGAGGGAGAUCGAGCGGCUGAGGGCGCAGAUCGAGCUCAUCACGGACCAGCACCUGGUGGAGCUGGAGGAGACGUUGAGCAAGCAGCACGACGCGGAGGAGAAGCUCAAGGAGCUGGAGGAGCAGCAGGUGGGCGGCCAGGAGGACGGCGACGUCCUCAUGUCCCUCCGCGCCAAGCUCGCCGUGGCCGAGCAGAAGACCAAGGACUACGAGAGCCUGCGCGAGGCGGAGGCCCGCGGCCGCGAGGAGGUCUCCAGGCUGCAGGAGAAGCUCCAUACGCUGGAGGACAUCAAGGUGGCAGUCAACAACAAUACGGAGGACAUGAACGGGACUCUGGAGGGCGGCGACCAGAAGCUGGAACACGCCGUGAAGGACCUGCUCUCGAAGCUGAGCAGCAAGGAGGAGGAAUGCAGAAGCCUCGGCCAGCAGCUUGAGAAGGCUCAGCUGCAAGUAUCAGACGUGAAACAGAAAUCGGCGGCGGGGGCCAACGAGCCGGCCAGCCUCAACGGCGCGGUGCCGGAAGCCGCGGUGGCCGAGCGGACACCCCCGCCGCCCCCCACGGACGGGGACGCCGCCGGGGACGCCGCCGUGGACGAGCUGGGAUCGGACCUGAGGCUGCGGCUCUCCGAGGCGCAGAAGAUGCUGGAGAGCUCCGAGCAGCGCAACCAGCAGCUGCAGGCCCUCCUGGAGGCCUUCCGGAGUGCCAAAGACAGGCAAAGCGCUGCCGACUUGGAAGACGGCGUCCGAAGUGAGGUGGUGGUGAGACAGGAAUCGAACGAGAACUCCCACAAUGCAUCGCAACCGACGGAUACCCCGAAGGAUGCUGAGACGGAUGCGGUUCAGAGUCCCACACGUGGAGAGGUUUCAUUUCUCAACGCCGUGAUCGUGGGACUUCAGCAGAAGAACGAGGAGCUCAAGGGUAAACUGGAGAAGCUGGUGGAGGCGUCGUUGAAUGGAGAUGACAAAACUUCACCAUCGAAGUCCAAGUCGCGCUCUCGCCGGCCGCCACCCCGAGUCUUCUGCGACAUCUGCGACCGUUUCGACCUUCACGACACCGAGGAGUGUCCCACGCAGGGGCCGCCGCCGACCCUGCCCGCCGGCCCGUCUCCGGCGGCGUCGCCGUCGUCCGGUCCGCCGGCGGCGCGGGCGGCAUCGCCGCCUCCGCCCUCCCCGUCGCCGGCGUCCCCUCCACACUCGGCGCACCGAGGGCCGCGCAAACAGAACCGGCCCUACUGCGACGCGUGCGAACUGUUCGGCCACUGGACGUCCGAGUGCAACGACAACCAGACCUUUUGAGAGAGGGAGCAGGCCGCCCGCUUGCGCGCCGCGUCGUCCCACUUCUUGUACUGCUGCUGCUGCUGCCGCCGCCGCCGCCGUACGGUCGCGGAGAAUGAGCUAAACCUUCUUCUCCCGCUUGAGCGUGGCUCUCUAUAGCGAAUCUUAAGCCCAUGUCUGGGCCCGAUAGCCCGAGCCCAGCCUCGGUGAAGCCGAAUGGAUGUCUGUGACGCCUCCGCUGAAUUUAACCGAGGUGCACAAUGUUCUUCGCUCCGGGCUGGUCAGGAUUUCCACGGUCGUAUGCCGCCGGAAUUUCUCUGAUUAUUUUUUUUGUUUUUAUUUCCGCGUGGAUUGCCGGUGUGGCCGCCGCACCGGCCGGUCCAGCGUACGCCGUUGCUUUCGAGGCAGGUCCAACCCGUAACGAGCUAAACCGAACAAUUAUCACAAAACUUGAAUCGGCAUGACCCAGUCGAGUCUGCCCUGUGGUCGCGCGUAAUGGCACCAAGCCACCUGCCAGGGGUGAGGCUCCCAACGAGGUUUAAUGCCUUUUCUCGAAACGUCUGGCAAAUGUGCUUAGAGUUUACAUUUUUAGUUUUAUUAAUUUCAUUUCUGAUUUUUUUAUUUUGAUAAAAUAAACUUCACUUGUAUCAAAGUGGUAGGCGUUCCUUUCUAAAACAGAAGCUUGUUAAGGUGUAUUUUUUAUUUUAAAGACGUUAGCCAGUACUAGUAUUUACACUCUCCCUCCCGAAUGUUCGUCACACGCUAGAUGUGGUAUAGAACAGGCUCGUUCAUAUGCGAGUCCAAAAAAACAUUGUAAAAACAUUCACCAAUACCAAUACCCUCUAUUCGCCACUAAGUGACGGUGACGUCACCACGGCGCCUAUGCCAGGCCAGGUGCACUUUGAGGCCACUUGAAAUGUCGAAGGCAUCACUGACAGGAGGUCUCGGUACAGACCCAGGUGCCAUGGGUUGGCUGACUGAGAUGACUGGUAGAUGCACCAGCUCUACCCCCUACUGUGCCAAAUUUCUGCAUUUUAGCCACUGGGUGCUCUGCUCAUUGUUAUGAGCGUCGCUCCUCUGCCUUCCAUUGUUGCUGGAGGACGACUGCCUCCAACUGCCCAGUAGCGUCCUUCACAAGCCUCCUCCAAAGAGACCGAUCUUGCCACCGCGGACACUAGUCGUUGGCAAGUCCACACAGCUCCACAUCCUCCUGUACCGCCAUCAGUCCAUCUCUUCUCCAGCCCAUGUCGUGCCCGUUUAGCCCCAUCUAUGCGGCCAAACAGAAGUUGCUUGAGCAUGCGGUGGAUGGGCAUGCGGGCUACAUGACCCAACCCACACACACACACACACAGCCGCAGAAUGCUCUAAGUGUGAGCUGACCCCGUGGAAAUUUGAUCGUUUCAUCGAACGGGGAUGGCUGAGUUACUGAAAGAACAAAUCAAUGCACAGUGCCGUCGUGACACGGAGACCACGGAACGCUCGCUUAUUGUGCCGCACUGCUGAUGCAUCCGGCCAGGUCUCCCUCCUUCAUUGUUCUCCUCGUGGCCUGCCACCACUGUCCUGCCACCACAGUCAGCUCGCUCUUCCGCCGAGUCACCCGUCAUCCUGCCAGGUGGCUCGGCGCCAAAGCGAGCGGCUCGCAAUCGAAAGGUCGCGAGUUUCGAAUUCUGGUUGGCGGUGGCGGGGAAAGAGGGAGGAUGGGGGGGGUGAUUUAGUUCAUCAUUCCGUCAGGGGGUCGAUAAAAUCAGCACCAAUGAGAACCGCUUUUUGGGGAAAGUCCAGCGUGGUUGUUCUAUGGAUUGGACUCAUCCCUGCCGUGGGUACGUGGAAUUUCUACCACUGUCACAGGAAUCGCCCCAUUUUUUUACCGACACAGUGGUCCUCUGUGGCAUUCCUUCGCCACUACAGUAUUGCCCAACCGUUCCCCCCCCCCCCUCGCGACUUCCCCCCCGGCAAUUCUAUGACUUGCCAUGAAUCGAGUGGGGUCAUGAUUUUUCUGUUGUGGUGAAUGUAGCGGUCUCUAGUGGAAAGAGGGUCACGUGCACCCAUUAUAAAUAAGGUAUUAUUACAGUCAAUAAAAAUUGUUGACAUUCAGCUUUCGGUCGACGAUCCACUGCUGGAGGAAGGCCUCCCCACGCCAGGUCAGUCAGCAGAGGCUGUUUGACCAUACUUCACCACGCUGGCGAGUGUGGGUUGGGUCAAGUUGCGCCACACGGAGUGAUGCUGGUGCUGUGACUCGUAACUGUAUCUCUAACGGGGGUGAUAUUCACCCCACUCACUCCGUCUGCCGCAAUCCGUCUCUCCUGAAAGUCCGUGUGUACGCUCCUGUUAAGUUUCAUUAAUAUUUCCGCGUCGUUUUGGUUUCCUCUCAUGUGUAUAAAUGCUCGUUAAGUGGCUGGAAAUAUCUUAAUAUAUAUAGCGAGAGGACUGCAGAGCUUUGGCAAUUGUUGGUAGUGCCGGCUCACCGCCUGGCUGCUGCCUCUAAGCUUUGGCUCCUCGGUGAUCGUGAGAGAUGCAGUUUGCGUGAACGGCAAAUGACGCCGUAGAUAAAAACUAACGUGUACAAAC